AUGCAGUGGUACGCCGUCGCUUCACUACUCACCAUCCUCACGAGUUCUCAGGGAAUAUUGACGACAUUGUCGCAGAGUAAUGGGGGAUACAAAUAUGAUUAUGCAACUGUGCCUUUUCUUGCUGAGGUUUUUAAGCUUAUAGUAUCAAGUGUGUUACUGUGGAGGGAGCGCCAGAGGAUGCCUCCUCCGAAAAUUACAACAGACUGGAAAUGUGCCCGACUGUAUCCAAUCCCGUCGAUAAUAUACCUUAUUCACAACAAUGUCCAGUUUGCCACAUUGACAUAUGUUGAUACCUCCACUUAUCAGAUUAUGGGCAAUUUGAAGAUUGUCACGACUGGAAUACUUUUCAGGCUGUUUUUGAAGAGGAAGCUUUCUAAUUUGCAGUGGAUGGCAAUUAUUCUGUUGUCUAUUGGAACGACCACGAGCCAGGUGAAAGGUUGUGGAGAAGCUUCCUGUGAAUCGAUCUUCUCUUCACCAAUUCAAGGAUACAUGCUGGGUUUAUUAUCUGCUUGUCUCUCAGCAUUGGCUGGUGUUUACACAGAAUUCUUGAUGAAAAAGAAUAAUGACAGCUUAUACUGGCAAAAUAUUCAACUGUAUACAUUUGGUGCAAUAUUCAAUUUGGCAAAGCUCAUCUGGGAUGAUUUUAGAAUUGGGUUUGAGAAAGGACCAUGGUGGCAACGGUUAUUCGAUGGAUACAGCAUUACAACUUGGAUGGUGGUGUUAAACCUUGGGUCCACUGGUUUGUUAGUGUCAUGGUUAAUGAAGUAUGCCGACAAUAUUGUUAAGGUUUAUUCCACGUCCAUGGCAAUGCUGUUGACUAUGGUACUGUCUGUAUACCUUUUCAACUUCAAGCCAACUCUACAGCUAUUUCUGGGAAUCUUCGUCUGCAUGAUGUCAUUGCACAUGUACUUUGCCCCACCAAACAUGCUUUUGGAUUUGCCUUCGACAACAAAGGCAGACCCAGAAAGUCUAGUUGAAGUUUCUGUCGAUCGGAAAACGGUUUCAUAG